AUGUCUCUGGUAACGCUGCACGUGUUACGUUGCCACGGUUUGGCGAAAUUCGCUAUUUCGUCGCGAUUCGUAACAACCGGUAGACCGGUGUUCAGGAAGCUCGCCGUUUUGACGAAACUUUGCAGAGACAUGUCGUCGUACACGACCGUCGAGAGAGGUGCACUCAACAGCACGGACUACAGGGUAUUUUUGAAAAAUGAUCAGGAUGUCCCAAUCUCGCCCAUGCAUGACAUUCCUCUCUUUGCUAAUGAAGACAAGAAAAUAUUACAUAUGAUUGUCGAAAUACCAAGAUGGACAAAUGCUAAAAUGGAAAUAUGUCUUAAAGAGAGUUUGAAUCCUAUUAAGCAGGAUGUUAAGAAGGACAAAUUGAGAUUCGUUGCUAAUUGUUUCCCUCACCAUGGCUACAUAUGGAACUAUGGAGCUUUGCCCCAGACAUGGGAAAAUCCUGAUGUCUUGGACGAAGCAACAGGCUGCAAAGGUGACAACGAUCCUAUUGAUGUUCUUGAAAUAGGUUAUAGGGUUGCAAAACGAGGCGAGAUAUUAAAAGUAAAAGUUCUUGGAACAGUGGCACUUAUUGAUGAAGGUGAAACUGAUUGGAAGAUUAUUGUAAUUGAUGUUAAUGAUCCUUUGGCAGAUCAAAUGAAUGAUGUAAGUGACAUUGAUAAGCAUUAUCCAGGUUUAAUGAAAGCCACAAUUGAAUGGUUUAAAAUAUAUAAAAUUCCGGAUGGAAAACCAGAAAAUCAAUUUGCAUUUAAUGGCGAAGCAAAACCACAAGAAUUUGCCUUGCAUAUCAUUGAAGAAGUACAUCAACAUUGGCAAAGUUUGAUCAAACAGGAAGAUUCAUCUAAUGAAAUAGAAUGUUCUAAUGUAACAGUGGAAGGGAGUCCUUUCAAGAUUACUACAGAAGUUGCACAAGAAAUUUUAAACAAAGCACCUGAACCAGUGGAACCUCAACCUGUAGAACCGAUAGUCGAUAAGUGGCAUUAUGUACAUCUUAAAUGAAGACGAGACAGGUAUCCUCGUUCUGUCAACUAGCGAAGUCAGCUACUCCGUUUACUCAUAUUCAACAAGGGAGUUCCUUUUCAUUUAUCAUUUUGCUGUUU